AUGGAGUCUUUUCAAGUGGAAGUCUCGGCGGGCCCUGCGAGAGCAGUUCCUGCUCGUAGGACGUGGACGCCGAUGAAGAUUGCCGUGGCUGUGAUUUUGGUGAUCUGCAGUUUGCUGGGAGAAUUGCCCUUCAUGGUCGGCGGGCCUCCAGACAGGAAGCGCUCGCGUGUCGGGGCGCAGGAGGAUGGCCAACUCUGGCUUAUGCAGGGCGGCCCCGGGGCUCCCUCACAUCCCUUGCUCAACAUGAUCAGCGUUGUUGGCAAAGUCUCAUAUACACUGGAUCACCGUGGUACGGGCUGGUCCAGCGCCUUAGAUUGCCCCAAAGUCCGCGUGAAGCCCGGGAAUCUGCCUUGGGGCACCUCGUGGAUGAAGUGGGUAGGCCUUGGGAAUGUCUCCACCGAAACGAUUGAUGCCUGCCUCGCGGAAGUCUCCGAGGACAUCGGCGCACCGAAACACUUCACGGCGGCCAAUGCAGCGCGAGAUUUGGCUUCCGUCAUCAUGGCAGUUCAAGCCGAAACGGGCAGCACGGCCGACGUUGGAAUCCAUGGGUUUUCCUAUGGAACCGUGUGGGCACGACGCUUUCUGGAACUGCAGGGCAGGGAGUUUCCCAUCAUCGUCUCGCACGUGGGCAUUGAUGGUGUGUGCAGCGCGGACUAUGACUUUGGGCAGUAUGCUUUGGCAGCAAACCGCGCAGGGCGGCGGCUCUUGGAUGAUUAUUGUCAUGCAGACUGUCGCAGCAUGUUAGGCGCACCUGCACAAGGGUCGGUUUCUGCCUGGUUUGAGGAGGCAGUGCAGGAGAUUGACAAAGCCGUGGCCGAUGGAUCGGCAGGUCUCUGUGGGAAGCAUCUUUGGGAGCAGUUUGCGAAGUCGUCCGCCCCUUCAGGCUGGACAGCCAAGGCAUCAGCCAAGGAGGCGUUGGGCGUUUUUGGCUACUUAUCUGUCACGCAGGGGGCCGGAAGUAUGAAAAACUUCGUGACAUUUGUUAUCACAUUGCGGCGGUGUGUCAGAGAUGCGGCUGCAAAGACCAUCCCACCCGACUUCUGGGCUGUAGCUGACAAGAUCAGCUCGCAAGCUUUUUCAGCAAGCCUCUACUUCAACGCCAAGCCCCCAGAUUUUUCAGCAAUUCUCCACCAUGUCGUCGGCUUCGGUGACAUGUGGAAGGGGCCUCCAGAGCUACACGCCUGGGGCUCGACGGAUGCGCAGCACGGGAGCUGCAGCUUGGAAUCCUGGCGCAGAUUCUUUGACGAGCGUGUCGUUUGGGCGCCGGACUUCGUGACACUGAUGAGCAGAUAUCAAGAUGUGUUCAAUAAGUACGGCUAUCGGGAAAACUAUCGGCUUGUCCAUAGCAACGGCCACAUGGCAAGCAACGUGACUGUUCUCGUAACGAACGGCGACUUGGAUGGGCAGACUCCCUUGCGAUCUGCGCGUGCCACCUUUGAGGCCUUGCCGACUUGCAAGGCAAAAGUGGAACUUCGAACUGGGAAACAUUGCGUCUCUUCUGAUAGCUGCGUGCGCGGGGUGGUUCAAGCUUUCUACAGAGGUUCGGUGGCAUGCCCGCCAGGUUCACUGACUCCGGAGGACUCCAGUGACCUUCAGGUGGCCUUGAACAAGUUCCAAUCUGGGGCCUGCAGCUCAAACACGAUAACAUGGCAGCGCGGCUUCUUGGACGUAGAUAAGUGCGGGCAGGAGCACCUCAGCAUCCAGUGCAAUCAGAGCGGUGCAUCAGUGGUAGAGAGUUACGACUUUGGGUUUACCGAUGGCAUCCACGGGGUUUGCGAACGGUGUUUUGCCAAAUGUCUCAAGCUACUUGGUCAAGCAAACGUGCCGAACUCAAGAUGCGUCUGCGCGGCGGAGGCUGCUAGCUGUGGAGCCAGAAUCGGCAAUUGCACAGAUGCUGGGUUUGCAUUCUGCUCGAAAGAAGCAUCGAACGCUGGCUGUGCCGACGUUGAGAAGUUGUGCCAAGAACCGACUGCAAUCCGGGCAGAGGAUGCCGCGGCACCGAUUGCAGUCUAA